AUGCAUUGGAUCCUUUUGAUCACGGUUUUCUUUUGCUAUGGCCCCACUCCUGGAUUAAGUUUACCCAAGAAAAAAAGAGUUGCUGAAAAAUUAAAAAGACUCUAUCCGGAAAAUGAAAGAUUAAUAGCCAGCAUUCCUAGUCGAAUUUAUGAAGUAAUUUAUCCUGUUCAAAUUCGCCAGCAUGUAAAAUUAGGGAUUUCAACGAGGGAAACUGGUGCCAAUAAAACUGGGGAACAUUAUCAUCAAACUUCAUUGCUCAUUAAAGCUUUUAGUUACAAAUUUCGUAUAGAUUUAGAACUCAACACGCAUUUACUCGCACCAAAUUUAAUACAAAAACAUUUCCUUCCUGAAGGGGCUCAACAAAUUUCUACUCAGGAAAUAGAGCAUUGCUAUUAUCAUGGCACAACAAGAGAUUAUCCAGGAGCCAUUGCUGCCUUUCGUACCUGUAAUGGGGUUAGUGGUAUUCUUCAUGUUGGAAAUGAUACAUUUGUAAUUCAUCCAUUUUAUGGGGGAGAUCAAUCAAAAAAGCAUCCACACGUUAUUUAUCGAUAUUUUUCUGAAACAAAAGAAAAGCACACUUGUGGUAAUACUGGAAUGCAUGAAUGGGGUUUUAAAAUGUUUCGUAGAAGACCUCCUACGACCACGCGCUAUAAAAAAGAUGUUAGGCAAGUUAAUAAAUUUAUAGAAUUGGCCUUAGUUCUUGAUCAAGCUAUGUUUGACAACCGAAAUGCCAGCAGGAAUGAGGUUGUCAAUGAUGCCAUCCAAAUUGUCAACUGUGUUGAUAUGUAUUUUCGUACUGUAAACACUCGAGUAUCUGUUGUUUAUGUAGAAACUUGGGCUCAUGGCGAUCAGAUGGAUUUCAGCUAUGAUGUCCGACAAACAUUACUUAACUUUAUAGAAUAUGCUUCUCGCAAAUUGUAUAAAGUUGCUAAAGAUGCUACUCAUUUGUUAACUGGUAGAAAAUUUCGUGGGGACGAAGUGGGAAUGGCAGUUCCUGAUAGCAUAUGUACUGCUAAAGCAGUAGGAGUAAGCGAAGAUUCUAGCAUUUAUGAGCCUCACUUGGUUGCAAGUACAAUGACUCAUAUACUAGGGCACAAUAUAGGGAUGAGUCACGAUCAUUAUAAUGGAACUGAUUGUAAAUGUGAAGAUUGGUGGGGUUGCAUCAUGGCCCAAACGAUAUUAGGAGUAAAUAAAAUCCAGCCAUAUCAUUUUUCAACAUGUAGUUUACAAGAUUAUAUAAAUGCUCUUCGAAUUGGCCAUGGAAUUUGUUUAUUUAACAAACCAAAUCAGUUAGAAGAUUUUCGUACUUGUGGGAACAAUUUAAUUGAAAAAGGAGAAGAAUGUGAUUGUGGAAGCAUUGAGGAAUGUAUGCAUUCUGACCCUUGUUGUGAUCCUAUCACCUGCAAGUUGAGAGUUGAGGCUGAAUGCUCAAUGGGUCCAUGUUGUGAAGAUUGUAAAUUGCGGAAUUCUGGAUAUAUGUGUCGUCCUGCUGCUACAGAAUGUGAUAUUCCAGAAUAUUGCGACGGGAAAGAGGGUCAGUGUCCAAUAGAUUUAUUUAAGAAAAAUGGUGUUUCUUGCAAAAAAGGUGGAGGAUAUUGCUUUCAUGGUAGCUGCCCAACACCUGAUGACCAAUGUGAAUAUUUAUGGGGUUAUGGGGCUGUACAGUCUGAGUUUGAAUGUUUUUCACAGUUUAAUACACAGGGAAGUCUAAAUGGAAAUUGUGGGCCAGAUAAUCAAGGGGGUUUUAUAAAAUGUACAGAAGAAAAUGUUAGAUGCGGCUCUCUUCAAUGUCAGCGAGGGUCUCGAACUCCAAUGAUUGCUGGAAAAGACAAACAGUAUGCCAGGACAAUUGUAUCAAUUGGUGGUCAAGAAUUUGAGUGCAAAGUGACCUCUGGCACAAUAACUGUAGACAUCCCUGACUUGGGCUUAAUGACUGAUGGGACUAAAUGUGCUGAUGAAAAGAUAUGUGUUAAUCAAACUUGUGUUGGUGUCGACCUAUUUAUCGAGCCUGGAUCAUGUCCAACAAACAAUGUUGCCCUGUCUUGUUCAGGACACGGAGUUUGUUCCAAUAUAAAUACUUGUUUCUGUGAUGAGAUGUGGACAUCUCCUGACUGUAGUCAAAAAUCUGAUCCUGGGCUGGAUAUUGUAGGUCCUACUAGCACUCCUGAUGGAACUUUAGAGAAACCUAGUGAAACCGGUACUGCUACAACUAAAAAAGCGCUCUUAGAAACUGUUGCAGAUUGGAGGAAUAAGACCACAAAAUCAAAUGUUCCAUAUGGGGUUGGCAAAAAAGACGUUCUCAGCACCCCAUCUCUUGUUAUAGUUCUUGUGUGUGUUGUUGGUGGAGUGUUUAUUUUCUUUGCUCUAUUAGCCACCUGCUACAGAAGACAGAGUGCUAUGCCCAAGCCGGAUCCAUCCCACCUGAAAAAACACACAAGUCGAAAGUAUCCUGCAACUCCUAGUUCUAUAAAGCCAGAUGAUAGUUCUUCACAAGAAAAUGUCAACCGUAUUAUUACUUUCGGAAGUAUGCCUUCCUACAGGGAAGACAAGCUUCAGGAAUUAAAAAGACAGCAGGUUUUACAACUGAAAGACACUUCUUGUUCUGAUGGAGAAGAACUAUUGGAUGAAACUUCAGCUUUCAUAGAACUUUCACCUAACAAUCUCUCUAAGGUUCCAGAGAAGGGAAUUUUAAAACGAGCUAUUAGAUCAGAAAAAGAGAAAUGGAGUGACGAGGCUUCUCAUUCAGAUAACCAAGAUCUGAGGAGUCAGUCUGAUAGUCACACUGAUCGAAACAGCGAUGCAUUAACCGAGGUGGAACGAACUUUAAAGAGCUUGAAUGGGUACCAUGAAGAAAUAUUAGAAGCACUUCACUCUGUGUCUUCCCAUCGUCCAGUCGAUAGCCAGGGAAGCCCGCAGGAUGUAAAGAAGACUUUUUCAGAUGCUGUGACGGAUUACAGCAUCAUGAAAAACAGCAUGGAACACUUGGGGAAUAGUAGUAGUGAAGAGGCAGAAGACAUGGUGCCUCCAUGUGGACCUAUACGAAUCAGAAACUUAGAGGACCUACUCAGGAAGUUGGAACAUCAACCACUUCAUGUUUCUCCCGCAGGCUCUGACCUUCGUCUCAGUGAGCCUGAGGCAGAUCGCCAUUAUAGGGUCGAAAGGACGGACAGUGCGAGUGUCCCUCCAACUGAGAACGAAGAUGAAGAAGAGGAUUUCGACGAGGAGGGGAGCGUAGAAGAAGAAGGUGAGGGAGGGGAUUACUCGUCACAGCAGUUUGUGCGUAGUGCCAGUGAGGAAGCUCUUCCUAUGGUUUACAAAUCUGACUACGAUUACGAAAGGAACUUAAACACUAAAAUACAACAGGAAAAAACUCUGAAAAGAGACGGCUGCGAAUAUGUACCUAGUCCGCCUUCUGAUGAAGUGUAUGAUGGUCUGUACGAUGACAAAGGUUACUUCCCUCCUUCAACUGCCAGGGCAGAUAGAGCUCAGUUGCCAGUUACUGCUCCGCCUUCUUCCAGCUCCUCCACUUCUGGCUCACAACCUCCUUCGGGGGCCAAAAGGAAAGGGAAAAAGAAAUUCCCGGAGUACAAGGUCUAA